AUGACACCAAUCAGCUUUGAUGGCUUGAAUCUUUCGAAAACAUCUAAAACGUUUAAUGCUGCUUGUGACGAAAUUGAACACGCCUCAUGUAAAAACAUUAAUCCCGGCAAAGUAAAGAAGGAAAUAGAUGCCCUCUUUUCAUCACUGCGGUUAGUUGCAGAUCAACUGCCGGCAUAUGAUGUAGAGAAGUACAACGCAAGGUUAGAGAAAUUGCUCAAGAAAGUUACUGACGAAGGGCAAGCUACAAAAAAGAGAAAAUUUCAAUUUAAGGGCAAGCCGAAAGUUGACACUCCGGCAACUAAUGCCACUCCAGGAGAUGUGGAACUUGUUGAUCCAAAAUCAAAACUCACCAGACAGAACAUCCGUUACGAUCAGAAAAUUGGCAACUACCAAAAUCUUGAAGACAGCUCUUUGUCAUACGAGAAUGAGAACGAAGGACUUUCUGAAAACAUAAUACAGUCUUCUUCAUUACACGUGCGGUCGCUUCUUCGCAGUGUUAUUAACUUCAACGGCACGCCAUUCAAUCACGGAAGCAUCCAUAUUGAAAAUGCGCAAGACUCCGUCAUUCUACUAAAACUUCAAGCGCAUUCAAACAUCCAAGUUCGUUUAUUUGGGCUUCACAAUUGCAAAGUAUACAUUGUGCGGGCGGGCACCGAACCUCAAACAAUCAUUCUCGAGAACUGCAGCGAAUGCCAGUUCCACAGUGACAUGAAAAAUACAACUACAAUUCAAGAUUUUAGUAACAUCGGAAAGCUGAUCGAAGAAUCUGAACCUAGUUUCUCAUACGUCUCCUUUAGCACUUGA